GCCUCUAAAACAUCCACGUGUCCGAUUCGAAGAUGCAGGAAUCACGGAACACGGCCCCCUCGGUGUCAUUAAACUAUUUAUGGUUGGCGCAUAUACGUAUGUAAGCAGUGUUACAUCUCCGAGAAACCAAAGAGUCGAAGAAGGGAUAUGGAAGGAAUGAAUGUAUUAGUGAUAUUGAUAAUGGGACUGUGGGCAGGAGGAGCGUAUGCAUACAACCGGCCACCGCCUCGUGAAACACUGUUCAUCCCUCAUUCCCAUUCUGAUUCUUGGCCCCAACAGGUGCACAUAUCUGUGGUGGGGCAAGACCAGAUGAGGAUAUCAUGGAUUACAGAAACCCCUACCCCUGCUAAAGUACAAUACGCCGCUUCCCCUGACGCCGACGGACCCUUGGCCACCGGCACGACCUCUUCCUACCGUUACUUCCUCUACAAGUCCGGUCAAAUUCACGACGUCGUCAUGGGUCCCUUGAAACCCAACACCCUCUACUACUACCGUCUGGGAGAUUCUCCCCAACAAUACAACUUCACCACUCCUCCUUCUCGAUUUCCCAUCAAAUUUGCAGUUGUAGGUGAUCUUGGACAGACCGAAUGGACAAAGACGACGCUGCAACACAUAGCCAAUUCAAACUAUGAUAUGUUGCUGCUACCAGGAGACCUGUCCUAUGCAGAUUACAUACAGAGCCGAUGGGACUCGUUUGGUCGCUUGGUCGAGCCAUUAGCCAGCCAGCGUCCUUGGAUGGUCACUCAAGGAAAUCACGAGGUCGAGAAGAUCCCGGUGGUUCACCGCAAACCAUUCACAGCGUAUAAUGCCAGGUGGAGAAUGCCGUUCGAACAGAGUGGGUCCGACUCUAACUUGUACUAUUCCUUCGACGCUGCCGGCGUGCACGUCAUCAUGCUUGGCUCUUAUACCGACUUCGAUUCUGGUUCUCCACAGUACAAAUGGCUUGUGGGCGACCUGAAAAAGGUGGACAGAGCGAAGACACCUUGGCUGGUGGUGCUUCUUCACGCUCCUUGGUUUAACUCCAACGCUGCUCAUCGGGGUGAGCCUGAAUCCUAUCAAAUGAAGGCGGCCAUGGAAGAUUUGCUUUAUGAAGCUCGCGUUGAUGUUGUUUUCGCAGGCCAUGUCCAUGCCUAUGAGCGUUUUACUCGAGUGUACAGAGACAAAGCCAAUAGUUGCGGUCCAGUUCAUAUAACCAUUGGAGAUGGAGGAAACCGUGAAGGCCUCGCUACCAAGUUUUUGGAUCCCAAACCAGAGAUAUCAAUAUUUAGGGAGGCGAGCUUUGGGCAUGGAAUAUUGGAGGUGGUGAACGCAACGCAUGCGUUGUGGACUUGGCAUCGGAAUGACGACGACGAGGCUGUCCCCUCUGACUCAUUCUGGCUCACAAGCCUCUCCAUUGAACCUGCUUGCGAAGUCCAUUGAUAAUAAGCGUAAUUAUAAUAUGUAGUACUUUCUCCGAUAUAUAAUACUUAUUUUACAGUGUAAUUUAUAAAAUGGGUCCCAUAUUUAUGAUCGAAGAAAUACUUAGCCUGUGACCCAUGGGUUUAAUGUUCAGCUGUUUGUAGACGAUUUUGAAGGAUAUUAAUUAGUGUCAAUUAAAUGAUAAGAAAAUAACUGCCUUAGAUGUCUCAUGAGCAUCAGAUGAUAAAUAUUUCGAAGUUCUGGUG